ACGGGAGCCUGUCGUGAGAGAGGACUUUGCACCUCCUUGGAGCCAAGGCAGCUUCACCGGGGGAACCACACGGGAGCCUGUCGUGAGGGAGGACUUCGCCCCUCCUUGGAGCCGAGGGAGCCUCACCGGGGGAACCACGUGCUGGACGGCGCCCUUCUGGAUGCGGAGAGGGGGAAAUCGCGACGAGGUUGACCGGGUUGGCCGGCUAGCCCCUUGAAGGCCGCGGGCAGACAGACGGCCCCAAAGGGAGGACCGCGCUGCCCCGGGGAUCAUGGAGGAAAUCAGGAGCGACAAGAUGAACCAGGCACACGUCCUCUUUGACCGCUUCGUCCAGGCCAGCACCUGCAAGGGGACAAUCAAGGCCUUCCAGGAGCUGUGCGACCACCUGGAGCUGAAGCCAAGGGACUACCGCUCUUUCUACCAUAAACUUAAGUCCAAGCUGAACUACUGGAAAGCCAAAGCGCUCUGGGCCAAGCUGGACAAGCGAGGGGGCCACAAAGACUACAAGAAGGGGAAAGUGUGCACCAACACCAAGUGUCUCAUCAUCGGCGCGGGACCCUGCGGUCUGCGGACCGCCAUCGACCUGUCUCUUCUGGGAGCCAAGGUGGUGGUCGUUGAGAAGCGGGAUGCCUUCUCUCGCAACAACGUGCUCCAUCUCUGGCCCUUUACCAUCCACGAUCUGCGAGGGCUUGGGGCUAAGAAGUUCUACGGCAAGUUCUGUGCCGGGGCCAUCGACCACAUCAGUAUCCGGCAGCUCCAGUUGAUCCUUUUGAAGGUCGCCUUGAUCCUGGGGAUCGAAAUCCAUGUCAAUGUGGAAUUCCAGGGGCUCGUCAACCCCCCCGAGGAUCAGGAGAAUGAGAGGAUAGGCUGGCGGGCCCUGGUGCACCCCAAAACACACCCCGUGUCGGAGUAUGAGUUUGAAGUGAUCAUCGGAGGGGACGGCAGGAGGAACACCUUGGAAGGGUUUCGUCGGAAAGAAUUCCGAGGCAAGCUGGCCAUCGCCAUCACGGCCAACUUCAUCAACCGCAACACCACAGCGGAGGCCAAGGUGGAGGAGAUCAGUGGUGUGGCCUUCAUCUUCAACCAGAAGUUCUUCCAGGAGCUACGGGAGGCCACAGGCAUCGACCUGGAGAACAUCGUCUACUACAAGGACGACACGCACUAUUUUGUCAUGACAGCCAAGAAGCAGAGCUUGCUGGAGAAGGGGGUGAUCCUACAUGACUAUGCAGACACAGAGCUGCUCCUCUCCCGGGACAACGUUGACCAGGAGGCGCUGCUCAGCUACGCCCGCGAGGCAGCCGACUUCUCCACCAACCAGCAGCUGCCCUCGUUGGACUUUGCCAUCAAUCACUACGGGCAGCCAGACGUGGCCAUGUUCGAUUUCACGUGCAUGUACGCCUCCGAGAAUGCGGCCCUGGUGCGGGAGCAAAACGGCCACCAGCUGCUGGUGGCCCUGGUCGGGGACAGCCUCCUUGAGCCAUUCUGGCCAAUGGGAACUGGGAUAGCCAGGGGCUUUCUGGCCGCCAUGGACUCUGCUUGGAUGGUACGAAGCUGGUCUCAAGGAACCAGCCCACUGGAGGUGCUGGCAGAGAGGGAAAGCAUCUACAGACUGCUGCCUCAAACCACCCCAGAGAAUGUGAGCAAAAACUUCAGCCACUACAGCAUCGACCCCGUCACCCGCUACCCCAACAUCAACGUCAACUUUCUGCGGCCAAACCAGGUACGCCACCUUUAUGACACUGGGGAACUGAAAGACAUUCACCUGGAAAUCGAGAACAUGGUGAACUCGAGAACCCCGAAGCUGACACGCAAUGAGUCCGUCGCUCGCUCCAGCAAGCUGCUGGGCUGGUGCCAGAGGCAGACAGAGGGCUACGCUGGCGUGGACGUGACCGACCUCACCAUGUCCUGGAAAAGCGGGCUGGCCCUGUGCGCCAUCAUCCACAGAUACCGACCCGACCUGAUAGAUUUCGAUUCUCUGGAUGAGCGCCACGUGGAGAAGAACAACCAGCUGGCGUUUGACAUCGCCGAGAAGGAAUUGGGAAUCUCUCCCAUCAUGACCGGCAAGGACAUGGCCUCGGUCGGUGACCCAGACAAGCUGUCCAUGGUGAUGUACCUGACCCAGUUCUACGAGAUGUUCAAGGACUCUCUCCCCUCCAGUGACACUCUGGACCUGAACGCAGAAGAGAAAGCCAUCCUGAUUGCCAGCACAAAGUCCCCUAUCUCCUUCCUCAGCAAGCUGGGGCAGAGCAUCUCGCGAAAACGCACACCCAAGGAUAAAAAGGAGAAGGAACUGGAAGGGGCAGGGAAGAGGAGGAAGACCAGCCAGUCUGAGGAGGAGGAAGCUCCCCGCAGCCACAGAGAAGAGAGGCCCACCCUGGUGAGCGCCCUGACGGAACGGAGGAUUGAUGUGGCCAUUGGAAACCAGAACAAAGUCAAGUCUAUGGCGACCCAGUUGCUGGCCAAGUUUGAGGAGAAUGCCCCUCCACAGGCUACCAGCGUCAGGAGGCAGUCCCUGCCUUCCCAGCCAUCCUGUAAACAGCCCGACCAGGGCCGCCCUGCUCCCGGGCCUCAGUGGAAACAGCGACGGGAAAAGACGAGUUCCCGGACCUGCCCCAAAAAAGUGAUUGCACUCUCUUCCUCCACUCCACCUUCCUGUCGGUUUUAUCGUGCCCCUCAGACUUUGAGAGAUCUUGGUGCUGACCCCUGUGGCAAGCAGAGUCCCAGGCCUGAAAGGCCAGAGACCGAACCUUCCCGCCGCUUCUUUGUUGACCAAUGGGAGCUUUCCCUUAGCCUCCGCUCCUCCAAUCGCCCCGCCUCACCCUCCUCUGACUCCCUCCGCCAGAAGUAUAUAAAGAUGUACACAGGCGGAGUGAGCUCUUUGGCUGAGCAGAUAGCCAAUCAGCUUCAAAGGAAAGAGCAACCCAAAACCCUUCUAGACAAGAAGGAGCUGGGCUCGCUGAAGAAGGAGUUCCCGCAGAACCUGGGCGGCAGCGACACGUGCUACUUCUGCCGCAAGCGAGUGUACGUCAUGGAGCGGCUGAGCGCCGAGGGCAAGUUCUUCCACCGCAGCUGCUUCAAGUGCGAGUACUGCGCCACCACACUGCGCCUGUCCUGCUAUGCCUAUGACCUCGAAGAUGGGAAAUUCUACUGUAAACCUCACUACUGCUACCGACUCUCCGGCUACGCACAGAGGAAGAGGCCCGCAUUGGCCCCGCUGUCGGGAAAGGAGAGCAAAGGGUCCCUGCAGGAUGGCACUGCCGCAGAUGGGCCAGGACGCACCAGCGCCGUCGCCGGCUCGGCCGAGAGGACCCCAGGCUCCGGCGUGAACGGCCUGGAGGAGCCCAGCCUGGCCGCCAAGCGUCUAAGGGGCACACCCGAGCGCAUCGAGCUGGAGAAUUACCGCUUGUCUGUGCAGCAGGCUGAGGAGCUGGAAGAAGUCCCAGAGGAGACUCUGGCUGAGCACAACCUGAGCAGCGUGCUGGACAAGGGGGAAGAGGAGGACGUGGGCAGCAGCAGUUCUGAGUCUGAGAUGGAGGAAGAGGAGGAGGAGGAGGAUGAAGAGGAGGAACUCCAGCUGCCCACCUCUGACCUGGGUGGCGUGCCCUGGAAGGAAGCCGUGCGUAUCCACGCUCUCCUGAAGGGGAAGAGUGAGGAGGAACUGGAGGCCUCGAAAAACCAUGAGCUCGGAAAUGGGGAGGAAGAAGAGGAAGAGGAGGAGGAGGACGAAGAAGAAGAGGAGGAAGAAGAAUCUAGCGAAGAGGGGGAGUAUUGCCCCUGGGAGAGAGAGCUCCAGCAAGGUCACUGGCUCCAGCGUCUCACAAACGAAGAGGAUACGGGUACAUUUAAAGCUGGGAACCUGAGGCUUCAGCAGAUCGUAAAUCCAAUCGAUCCCUUGGAGAUUCUGGCAGAUGUGCACUGGACACACAUCCACGAGAAAGAGGAGGAGGAGAAAAUGGCAUCUGCCUCCAAACCCUCCACCUCUAGAGCGUUCGACCUUCCCUCCGUACGCCGCGCAGCGGUGCAGGCCUGGCUGGAGACGGUCUCCGGAGACCCCGGUGAAGAAAAUGACUUGGAGGAGGAAGAGGACGAGGUGGGCCCGGAGCCUGCCGAGAUAGAGGGGGAGGCCGCCGAGGACGGGGACGACACUGGCGCCGAGCUGGACAAUGAUCAGCGCUGGUCUGACGACUUCCCGUCCGACGCCGAAGCCGAGUGUCGCCUGCGGCACCGGGAAGAGGUACAGGCAGAGCUGGAGCUCAGAGUGUCUGACGACAAGGAAGAUGAGGAGGAGGAGGAGGAAGAGCAAGAGCUAGCCCUCUUGCCCACCGCAGGAGAAGCAGAUCCUUUCAUCCCAGGCCCCUCGGGUCCCUCCAGCCCCAUCCAGUCUCCUCGGGCAAGUGCUCUGCCGUUUCCUGCAGCCGGCAGCCCCAGGAUAGAGGAUGCCGGAGUCCCCUACGCUUCCGUUUCCAGCAGGGAACGAACCCCACGGGACCGGUUUUUUCCAGACCCCUUCCUCCUCAUCCGGGAGCCGGAAGAGGAGGCUGCCGUGUCUCGGAGGGUCCCCAGCCCUCCUCCACCACCGUCGCCCAUCCGGUCCCAGCCCGUGGCCCUGACCGAGGCCAUCACACCGGGUGCAGCGGUCGAGUCUCCAAAGGCAUCCCCGACGAGGGGAUCGCCCUCCGCCUCCUUGUCCUCCCCCUCCGCCUCCCAGCCACCCAUCUGUUCCCAGCCCCAGCCCUCCUCCGAUACAUCCGUCCCAUCCCCUACGGAAUCCCCCGUGCGUUUCCAGCCCACGGCAGCUGUGACGUCCACCCCGCUGGCCCUCAAGAGCCCGGACAGCUCAGGCAGCCCCACUGCAGCCGAAGAGGCCCUGAAGCGGAGUGACCUUGUGGAGGAGUUCUGGAUGAAGAGCGCUGAGAUCCGCCGGAGCCUCGGCCUCACCCCCGUGGGCAGGAGCCAAGGGCCAGAGCCCGGCUUUCCCACCUCCGUCUUGGACCCCGUGAGCCUGAAGUCGUACGCGGGCGAGGAGGGGAUUCGCCUCCUGAAGCCCCAGCCUGCCCCAAGGAGGCCGGGCCCGCCCAAACUAGAGGGAGACAGGCUCUCGCCACUCACCCCCAAGUCGCCCUCGGACCGUGAGCUGCGAAGCUGCCACGAGGAGCGCAAGGAUCUGUCCAGCAGCUCCGGCCUGGGCCUUCACGGUAGCUCCUCCAACCUGCGGACCUUGGCAAGCCAGAGCUUCAACACCUCCGAGUCCACCAUGCUGACGCCCCCGUCCAGCCCUCCCCCGCCCCCGCCCCGGGACGAGGAGCCGGCCACCCUCCGGCGGAAGAGGCCUCAGGCCAGCUGGGCGAUCGCCACCGAGCCCCGGCCGGGGCCCGUCCCCCCGCGUCCCCCGUCCCCACCCCCAGACGUCCUCGAGCGCGGCCGCCCCCCCGGGGACCCGGCUCAGUCCUCCAGGGAGGAGGUGCGCAAGUCCUUUGUGGAGAGCGUUGACGAGAUCCCUUUCGCGGACGACGUGGAGGACACGUACGAUGACCGGACGGAGGACACGAGCUUCCAGGAGAAGUUCUUCACACCGCCCAGCUGCUGGGGUCGCCCGGAGAAGCCCCAGGCCCCGGCCAGGGAGAAGGUCCGCCCACCUGCCCCGGAACCCUCGAGAGGACUGCCUGUGGUGUCACCACAAGCCAAGGAGCUGGCGGAGGAACGCAUGAGAGCCCGGGAGAAAUCGGUGAAGAGCCAGGCCCUGCGCGACGCCAUGGCCAGGCAGCUGAGCAAGAUGAAGGAGAUGGAACUGGCGGCUGCCACGGGGCACCCCGGGGCUCCGCUGCCCUCCUCACGCCAGGCCUCCUCCCUGCCCGCCUGGACCCGAGAGCCGGCGCCCGAGGCCCCGAGGUGGCCGGGCCCAGGGGUUUCCGAGGGCCCCGCCCCAAAGCAGGAGGCCACUGGUGAGGGAUUCCUCUCCCCUCCCUCGGACUCCGGAGGCCCCGACGGCUCCCUCACCUCCUCCGAGGGCUCCAGCGGGAAGAGCAAGAAGAGGUCUUCCCUCUUCUCUCCCCGCAAGAACAAGAAAGAGAAGAAACCCAAGGGCGAGGGCUGCCCGCCCCCAGAGAGGCCUGGUAGCAGUGGCCUCCUGGAGGAAGCGGCCGCCAAGCCCAAGUCCCUCUGGAAGUCGGUCUUCUCUGGGUACAAGAAGGACAAGAAGAAAAAGACGGACGACAGGUCAUGCCCGAGCACACCCUCCAGCGGCGCCACGGUGGAUUCUGCAAAGCACAAGACGUCACCCAUACUGAGGGCAGAGCUGCAGCUUCGCCGCCACCUGAGCUUCUCCGAGGACUCCGACCUCUCCAGCGACGACAUCCUCGAGCGGUCCUCCCAGAAGUCCAAGCGAGAGUCGAUUUAUGUACCUCACGCCUUGGCAUUCAAGAGAUCAUACUCGUCAAAGCAGAGGACCUACACGGAGGAGGAGCUGAGCAGCAAGCUGACCCGGAGGGUGCAGAAAGCAGCGCGAAGGCAGGCGAAGCAGGAGGAGCUGAAGCGCCUGCACAGAGCCCAGAUUAUCCAGCGGCAGCUGGAGCAGGUGGAGGAGAAGCAGAGGCAGCUGGAGGAGAGAGGGGUGGCCGUAGAGAAGGCCCUCCGAGGAGAAGCAGACUAUUGGGGAGAGUCUUAUUACAGUGACCUCAUCGACUUGCACCUGGGUGUGGAGCCCAGUGGCGGGACACCACGGCGUAGACCUCUCUCCUUCUGCCCUUGCUGUGUUCACGAAGGCAUGGGCAAGAAGGAUGACCCCAAGCUGAUGCAGGAGUGGUUCAAACUGGUGCAGGAGAAGAACGCUUUGGUGCGCUACGAGUCAGAGCUGAUGAUAUUCGCCCGGGAGUUGGAGCUGGAGGACCGGCAGAGCCGGUUGCAGCAGCUGCUGCGGGAGCGGAUGGCCGUGGAAGACCACCUGAAAACGGCCGAGGAGCUGUCGGAGGAGAAGCGGAUCCUGAACGAGAUGCUGGAGGUGGUGGAGCAGAGGGACUCCUUGGUGGCCCUGCUGGAGGAGCAGCGGCUGCGGGAGAAGGAGGAGGACAAGGACCUGGAGGCCGUCAUGCUGUCCAAGGGCUUCAAUUUGAACUGGUCCUGAGGGCCCAAACUCACCGGGGUGGCCUCGGUGGCCGCCGGGCCCAGACUGGGUUGGCCCAGAUGGCCCGGAUGGAGAAUCUGAAGGAAACCCCCCUCGGGGGCCAGGAGCUCAAAGUCCCCCGGCCAGAAAGGACCCAGAGCGUGGCCACCUGACCCAUCCGGCUACCCGGAGCCCGGGGCAGAGCGGCCCGGGGGAGCCGGGGGAGCCGAGGGCGAGGUGCCGACGAUCAUGGGAAAGCCUCACUCCUGCUGGGCUGGCAGUGGCUGAGCUCCCUCCGCUCUCCUGUUGGAAGGGGAAGAGAAGACACUGCUGAAACCCCGGCGGCCAGAGUCGGCCUACCGAGGGGCGGUCCGGGAACCUGGGGACGCCCGGGCAGGGGCGGGGAGCGCUGCCCGUUUUCUUCCUCCAACCCCACCAAAGAAACCCCACUUGGGGCACCAGUGGUCCUUGCCUUUGGCCCAUCUGCCAAUCGGUCAAGAGCAGAGAGCCGGGAGGAUCCCUCCCUGUGGAAGCCCCCUAGUUGGCUGUGUCCCCGAGCAGGAAGAGGAGGUGACAGGACACUGCCCCCUCACUGCCCUCCCCCCCCCACCCCAACAAUGGUUGGAGGCCACAAAGCCUCCGUGGUUACAGCCCCGGGCCCGUGGAUGUCUGGGUUUGCUGCUGUUGGACGUUGCGACCCUGCCGACACUGGAAAAUGCGACCCUCGGGGAAGGGGGCCCGGGUUUUCAGGGCAGGACUGGUAUCACCCCGGACAGGCCAGUUGCCGGUGAACCGUCCUCCAGUGCUUUCGAGAGCAGGCAGGAGGGCCGGCGUGGGGCCAGGGGGCGGGCGGGGGGUUGUGUUUUCUCUGACGUCUCUUCUUUAUCCCCCCGUGUUUGCACAUUGAAAACGAAGCGGGCUGGGGCUGCCUGCUCCCUUCGUCACUUUGGACCCUUUUCGUCAAUUAACUUAUUUUUUUAAUACUUGAAAAGAAGCGAGUUCAUUUUUGUAUCUUCAUAUGCCGAA